UAAUGUUUGGCUGUACUUAGACGGCCUUGAGUUAAUUGUAGUCGGAAUUUGCCAUUGCUUGACGAGCUUCGUUAGCAAUAGCAGUCGAUAAAUCAUACUUCAGAAAAAUGACAUAAAGGCAACGCUUCUCGAGAGGUACCCGGUAGCUCUGAUGCCACUAUUUCCUUCACCCUCCUCCCAGAGGUAGAGCAUGUACCGGUAAUCAACUUGACAACAACCUGUAGAGCAGAUCAACUUGGAGCGGGAACCGUCAGAAUCGCAUAUCACAGGAGGUCACUGAGAUGUGGUAGGUGUGAGACACUUUCCACCAAGUAGCCCCUGACGGUACUCUCUUCCGCUAAGCAAGGGAACAGAGGCCAGCAAGAUGCGACACGGCAUGGUUGCAGUGUUGAGGGCCAUAGCAGGAUUCUGGAUUCUAGGGGGUUACUUAGCAGCGGAACAAAACACAGCAUGCAACCUACAGGACAUGCCUUCGGCGAACUACUCUGAUUUGUCUGACAAGACCACCAGCUUCAUGGCUAAUUUGGUGAAUGGCUUUCUCAGUGUUAUCCAACCCCAAGCCUUUCCUGCAGGGCUGAUCGAGCAAGCAGUGCGGAAUAUGAGCAUUCUUCGAUCAGACAAGUACAUUCAACAGGUGUUGGCCUACGGCAUUGGCUUCGUAGUGUGUGCGGUCAUCGGCCUUCUCUACAUCCUACUGAUGCCCAUAGUGGGCUCGGUAAUUGCCUGCUGCCGCUUUGCUGGCAAAUGUGGGGGCGAAAUAUACCAGGAGCAGACACACUCUAUUUUGAAGGAAAGGAGAAACUUGUACUGGAGCACUGCCAUCAUCACAAUCUUUCUCUUAGUUGGUAACAUCUGCAUGUUCGAAAGUACCUGGGAAUUCAGAGCGAGACUGGACCAAAGCCAAAUAAAACUCAACAAUACCUUUGAUAACAUCAAAGCCUUUCUCAGAAUCCUGGACAAGCAAUUCCAACAUGUGGGGGACCAGAGCAGUAACAUGGUGGACAAUGUUGAAAAAAACAUAAAAGGACCUGCGUUACUGAAUCACAUCCUUCCAAAUGAUGGGGUGGCUGACCUUGACCGUCUAAAAGUUGCUGUGGAUGAGCUGAUGACAUUGCAGAAAGACCUGAACAACAAAAUGGCAGAUGAGAAAACGAACUUCAAUAAUUUAAAGAGCAGAAUUACAAAUGACCUGACACAAUGCGUCACGAGUGACUGUGACAAUUUGAGGACGAAUCUAGAGACCACUAACCUGCCAUCCGAUUUCACAAAUACUGACAUGGAAAAUAAACUAACUACAGUUAGAGAUCAACUGGAAGCAAGUAUAUCAACUGACAAGUUAAGGGACAUCACAAACAAUUUGGACGCCUUGAACUUGAACAAUAUCAAAACUCAGAUCUCCCAAAAGGUGAACGACAUUUCCCAAAAAUUAAAUAUGAAUCAAUUACUGGGCCGGGUGGAAAACCUGCAGAAUAACAUCCAGUUGAAGAGGAGGGAGGUGGACCGAGCCGAGAGCAUCAGGUGGGGUGUGUCUGUCAGCAUGUGCUUGGUGGUCCUGCUCGUGGUUCUAUGUAACGUUCUGGGUCUCAUCUUGGGACCUCUCGGUCUGAAACCGACUCAAGAGCCCAGGGAACGAUCCAAUGUGGCCAAUUGCGGUGGAAUUAUCCUCAUCAUUGGGGCAAGUUUGAGCGUCCUGGUCUCGUGGCUGCUCAUGUUGGCUGUGACGCUGCUCUUUCUGCUGGGAGGCAACGUUCACACGUUGGUGUGUAAACCAUGGAGCAGUGGAGAACUGCUGCAGUUCGCUCCAACUGUGAUACCACAAUUGGAUUUGGGUAAAACGCUAAACCUGAAGGGCAAUUUCACUCUCUCGAGUAUAUACAGUGAGUGUGGGGAAAACAAGUCUCUGUGGUCCACACUCCAGCUGGAAAAGAGUUAUGGAUCUCAAAUUAAUCAGUACCUCAAAAUAGACCAGCACAUCAAGAAAAUCGAUGACAUCAACUUCAAUGUCCCCCAAAUCUUUGACAAAGAAUUCAAAUCGAAUCUCCAAAACAUCCAGACGGACCGUCUAACGAUUGACACCACUCAACUGGACGACACAAUUAAGAACUUCAGAGAUCAAGCCACAGCCAGUAAUGAGCCAAUCUUCCAAGAGGUAUUGAACAGAGCAGCCGACGACCUGACCAAAAUUAAGACCUCUAUUACGAUGAGCAUCAACCCAAAAUUGGAAGAUGUCAUUAAAACUAUAAAGGUCAUAAAGGAGGUGGGGAACACGUUGGUGGACACACAAAAUGCUCUCAACACCAAAGACAUUAAAGAUAAAAUAAAAAAAUUCCUGCAAAGCCAGCUGUCUCCCGGUUUAGAUUGUAUCGGACGUUUGAUGAAGGUAGAAUUUGGCCGCUGUGGUGCUCUGGCUGAGGUUGUGGACUCUGCUCAGACCAUCCUGUGUUUGUACCUUGUGGCAUCUCUGAAUGCCUUCUGGUUCAGUCUUGGCUGGUGCGCCAUCUUCUUUAUCCCCAGCAUCAUAUUGUCUGUGAAACUAGCAAAGCACUACAGGAGAAUGAAGUAUGCCGACAUCACAAAGAAAGAAUACUCCAGCAAAGAAAUGCAACAAAGCCCGAGGGCAGUAUCUACUUAAAAACAAAAGAUUGUGUUGCCCAGGUGUACCUAAUAUUGUGGCCAGAGGAUGUUAUUAGCAAGGACGGAGGAAAAAAUCCAUCAGGCAUCUCCUGGGACACUCCAAUUACUCCAUGGUUCUACAUUUGGACUGCUCCUGUGAUCCUUUACGUCUUCAUGUGGAACCCGCCUACUGGCUCUAAGAAUGAGAUCACCUCUGCUCAUACAAAAGCUUCAACAUCAGCUGCAGAAACUCAACAAGACAUUCGGGUUCAUUCAUACUACGUAAAGAAAGCACUUUUGAUCGCACAACCAGAAAUUAAAUCAAGGCCUUGGUUUUUGUAUCGAGCAAGUAAGUCUCCCAGUGGAAAUGUUUAUAUCUGACAAAUGUCUGUCGCCGAUCAUUGAUACGCACGUGUCGUGAAUGUGACGGUGAUUUUGCGGACGCGCCCAUCUUGUGCACAAAAAGCAAACAUGCAUUUAUUUGUGAAUAAGGUCCUUUGAUUUUUUUUUAAAUGCAUGUAUUUAAAAUAAAUAUAUUUUAAUCAAACGGUAUAUGAUUAGCCUAGUCCUGAUUUGUUUUUUUUUUUAGAUUGAAAUUGAAUUAUACAAUUCAUUACUUUUAGGAAGAGGGGGGCUAAAUUAUACAAGACGAAGUAGGCAGCAUUUGAGGCUGAACAAGCACAAUCAUUUUAUCACAGUUUAAUAGCAUUCAGACACACUUGUACACACAUUUUGGCUGAUUUUUGAUAAAAGGGGAGCCUUACCCGAACAAAGGAAAUUGUUGAAGCUACAUUAAUAAUGAAAGAGUUCACUGAAGCGAGUCUUGGUAAAUUUUGUGACAACAGUCAUUUGAUUACAGCGGAGCCAAAUGUGUUGAAACUACUACAGCAGGAAUAACAUUCAAACGAAAGCAACCAUCUAGUCUGAUACUGUUACAAACAUGUCACAGUAGCUUUACGGGCAAUAAAUCUCAUGAUGUUUAAUGCCGCAAUAGGGGCACGACAGUAUGACAAAACAUCCAAACAACAUGGCACUUAAAUAACUUAAUACAAACAAACUGACUGAGGUUAUAGUAAACUAGAGCAUCGAGGUCAGCAGAGAUAAGACUCAGGAUUUUUUACAGCUCUGCGGAAGACAAACUGACUUCGUGUGCCCCCUCAUGCUGGAAUUACUCGAAUUUGAAGUCUCAACUAUUAGUCACUUUUCCUUUGGCAUCUCUAUCAGGAAUGUCUUGUGAGCUGAAAAAGAAUGUGUGUGUGUGUGUGUGUGGCGGGGGGCUUUCACAAUGACAGCAUUGGACAUUGUGGAGCAUUUGGGGACAAACCUUUCUUUGAUGCGUCAGAUAAAAAUCACCCGCCCCACACAAGUAUUUUUAACAUUACAUUUUCAACGCACUCUGCCAAAAUAAAUCUUCCCUGUUAGUGCAAAAACAUUAUUUGCAAGUUGUCCAGUGCAUUAGUCAAACAGCAAUCUGUCAUUGAUAGAAAAGGUACAAUUAACCCUCUCCCACAAAUGAUAUACUGUAUAAUCGGGGGAGGGUGUGGGGGGGGGGAGAGAAAUUCAUCCAUAUGUUAGAGUAGUUGUCCACUAUCCUAGCUGACUUUGGGCUGUAGGUGGCAUAUACAGAUGCCGUCAACAAUAGGGCACAUAUGGACAUUGGAUCGAUUUACACCUUUGGAUAAUUUGAAGUUGUCAAUAAACCCAACAUGCAAUCUUUGGAAUACAAGAGGAAGCCGUACUACAAAGAGACAUCCAAACUCCAGAGAAGAUACCCUGAGCUCCGAGCUGGCAUUUUACUAAAUAUAAUGGG